UCGCCUCAUCGCCGCUCUCUCGCGACGACGACGACGACGGUUUUGCGCGCCCUGCGCGCGAAGCUCUCACUUUGACGGCCUCUCGCGCGCUGUGCGUCGCCAGUUUCUCUCGCUCCCGCGACGACGACUGUCUGCGGUCGCUCGUCGUCCGCUUCUUCACUUCUCACCGCCGCUCGCAUUGCGCCGUUGUGCGCGUUGGCCCGGACCUGCUCUCUCUCUCUCUCUUUCUCUCACUCACUCCUCAGUCGCGUCUCCCCCUGUCCAUCCGUGCAUGCUUCGGCUCUUUUCUGCGCUCGGGUUGUGAUCGAGAGACUGACUGACUCGGGAGCCUGGGUCCUCCAGAGGGCUGGGCAGCCAGCCAAGUUGUCCGCGGCCACCACAGUGGAGGAAUGAGGAGGAGACUGACCACCACCGGUUCGGGGCCGGUAAUCGGCCGGACGCUGCCGAGGAUGCUCGUCUCCUGUGCGGUGUGCGUCUGGAUAUGUUCGCUUGUGGUGCACUGUAGGAUACAGCAGCGGCCGGCCAACAAGGAGCAGCCCUACGCUUCGAUAGUGUACACGGCCGUGGCAGGCGGAAAGGUCGCCCUGCCGUGUGACAUCAGUCCGCCAUCGCCGGACGAUUCGGUGACGCUUGUGCUAUGGUACAAGGACGAAAGCCUGGCGCCCAUCUUCACGCUUGACUCCAGGAGAGACCACGUAGACCAGGCGCGACAGUCUCCUGCUCCAGGACUCGAACGACGGCUCUUCUUCGACAUGGGCCACUCACCGGCCCACUUGCGGAUAGACCCCGUGCGUGAGGGCGACGCUGGCGAGUACCGAUGCCGAGUGGACUUCCGAAGAGCCCGCUCGGUGAACACCGUGAUCAACCUCAAGGUGAUCGUGCCCCCGGGCGAUCCGGUUAUAAUGGACGAAGACGGACGCAAGCUGGAAGGUCUCGUGGGGCGCUUCAGUGAAGGACAAAACCUCAGGCUCCUGUGUGAGGUGGAGGGAGGCAAGCCUCGUCCUGUUGUCACCUGGUGGCGCGAUAAGCGACUGGUCGACUCCAACUUCAGCUUCGUGGGGGACGGCAGCGUGGCUCGCAACUGGCUUGAGGUCGGCGAGCUCAAGCGCUCGGACUUCCUCAGCGUGCUCACCUGCCAGGCAGCCAACAAUAACGUCACUGUGGCAGUGUCACGAUCCAUAACCUUGGACAUGAACUUGAUCCCACUGGACGUGGCAAUCCAGCCACCACGCCAUCCCUUGUCUGCGGGCCAUCCAGUGGAGCUGGUGUGCUCGUCAAGCGGAUCCCGUCCUCCCGCGCUGCUUACCUGGUGGAAGGGUGACGAGCAGUUGCUGUCGGCUAAGGAACACCAGGGCGGCAACAACCACGAGGGUACCAGCUCGAGCGUGCUCCUCUUCACUCCACGAAAAGGAGACAACGGAGCGGUGCUGUCGUGCAGGGCCGAGAACCAGUUCAUAGAAGGCAGUGCCAUCGAGGAAGGCUGGAAGCUGGACGUCUUCUACAAACCUUUGGUAUCGCUGCGGUUAGGCCAGAACCUUAGGGAAGACGACAUCCGCGAAGGCCGUGACGUGUACCUCGACUGUGACGUAGACGCCAAUCCGCCGGCCAACGAGGUCACGUGGCUCUUCGAGGGGCAGGAAGUCACUACAAACACCAGUGCCGGCGUCAUCGUGAGCAGCCAGUCGUUGGUGCUGCAGAAGGUGCACCGGUCUCGCCGCGGUCGGUACAAGUGCAUCGCCAUGAACCGAGAAGGCCACGGAACCAGUAACGUCUUCAUGCUGCGCAUAAAAUACGCACCCGUGUGCAAGCCGGACCAAAGGCACAUCUACGGCGUGUCACGUCAUGAGUCGGUUUCCGUGCGCUGCGAGCUGGAGGCAGAUCCGGCGGACGUGACAUUCCACUGGCGCUUCAACAGCUCCUCCAGCGGCAAGCGCCUAGAGCUGGCCAGCUACAGCCAUGCGCUGACGCGCAGCACGGCCCUCUACUCGCCUCUGAACGAGGAUGACUUCGGCUUCCUACUCUGCUGGGGCGCUAACGAGAUCGGCAAGCAGCAGACGCCCUGCAAUUUCACCAUCGUCCCUGCCGGCCCUCCAGAGCCGGUGAACAACUGCAGCCAGGUGAACGGCACCGAGGACUCGGUGUCGUUCGAGUGCUCCGAGGGUUUCUGGGAUGGUGGCGUGGCACCGGUCACGUUCGUGGCUGAACUGCGCGAGGCCGACACUGACCGGUUGGUGGCCAACGCCUCGUCCAUGUCUGGACCGGCGUUCAGCUUCAGCGGCCUCGAAGGGGGCGCCACGUUCCGGGUGUUCCUCUACUCAGCCAACCCUAAGGGACACCGGUCGCCCGUACACUUCGUCGUCAGCACAUUGCGGCCCGCUGAGAAGCUUACUGCUGGAAGCCGUGGUAUGAUCACAGCUUGGCCUAUAAUCGGAGCGCUCCUUGGUCUCAUUGUGACAUUGCUGAUCGCGGCAGUUGUGAUCGUCGUCUAUGUCAAGUACAAAUACCUGAAGAGGAAGAGAGACACGUACAGCGAACCUGGCGACGAAAAGUCCAACACGCUUCUUAAGAAAGACGCUGAUGAAUUUGCUGACGUUGAAGAGAAGGGACCCGACAUUAUACCAGACACGCCACUCUGCCAAGUUACAUACAAAUCAUAUGGUUGCGAUCAAGAUGAAAAAGCAGAGUACGCAAAAGAACCUGUAACAAACUACUACACUCUUCCUGCUUCGACAAGGAAGGCUGGCGCGGCCGAGUUUUCAUGGAGAAACCACUGUACAAAUAAGGAGGACCAGCCAUUGGAAGCUGUGGGUGUCGAACUGCCGUUUCCAACUGCUGCACGCCGACUGGGUCCCGUGGGUUCCACUUCGAGCUUGCCUCGGCCGCAGCGAUUUUACCUGGACCAGCUGUCCCCGGACGGCAGCGCCCCGGCCCACGUAGAUUUCACGCGCAGCGGUGUGCUGAGACCACUUGCGUCUGCGCACAGACUGCCGCGUCGCUCCCGCAGUAACUUGGAGGACUUCGGGUCUGUGCUCUCCAACGACUCGCUCGAGAGCACAGUGUGAAAGGGAGGGCGGAGUGUUCGCAGCGUCUUCAGCCCCGGCUCCCCGAGGAUGCUGAAUGAGCCGAGAAACCAAGAUUCUCCGAAGAAUGUGCCUGUGCCAAGUGUACUCAUACCAGGACGAAACAAUGGCACGUCCCACACCACUGCUGUAGAAAUGAACAUGAACAAAUGAGGCUGGUUUUUCGCUUAGCGAACACGUCGGGCAGUGUCGCGAAAUGUGAUUGUUUAGCGUUCUCACGCAUUGUGUGGAUUAGACUGCGCCACCCCAACGUGCUUCCCUAUGAUUCCUUCUUCAAUGAGUGAACAGUACAGACGAAUAUCAAGCAGCGCCCACUUUCUCCGUCAAGUUGGUGUCCCUCGUAAGAAAACAUCGUAUGUGCUCAGAUCGUCGUCAUCGCUGUUGUUAUUUUUGCUUCCUUGAAGAGAACAAGGUGGGCUUGGAUCCUUUGGACCUUUCCGUACAAGCACAAGUCUUCGACAGGAUUGUUCAACAUUGGACGAACUGCAGCGCGCGUGGGUGUCACUACUUUCCCAAUGUAGGCCUCCGAGGAAAAGCUGUUUACCAUGGUUAUCUGAUCGUGCGCAAGAAUCGCCGAGAAGUAGUCAUACUGUCGUUGCCAUGUGAACUGCAGCGCUCAACAGUUUGAGUGCCACCCAGACCUUCGGUGUUGUUUGAGUAUUCCCAGCAAGUGCCGCAUUGUGAUACACCUAGCGCGAUGUCUCUCGAGUGCUUUACCUCGUGCGGAAAAGUUACAGCGGUGAAUAAAGUGGUUUUA